AUGAAAGGUUUUGGAGCUAUACUCGCUUCCGUUGCAUUAACUUCAAUAUGUGAUGCUCGUCAAUUGGUUUUACCUAGAGAUGCAUCUCCGGAAACUGUCGCUGCUGAAGUAUUGGCGGCACCGAUGGUAGCUUUGAAGCGUGCAUUACCAGAUUCGCCAACAGGAAGCUAUACACCAGGAGCGGUAGACUGUCCCGAUACGAGACCAACAAUUAGAACCGCCAAUGAAUUAUCCGCCAAUGAAACAUCAUGGCUUCGACUACGGAGAAAUAAUACCAUUCAACCCAUGAUAACUUUCCUCGAAAGGAUGAACAUUACAGGAUUCAAUGCGGCUGAAUAUAUCAACAGUGUCUCAAACAAUGCAUCCACAUUACCAAAUAUUGGUAUAGCAAUUUCCGGAGGGGGUUAUCGUGCAAUGUUAAAUGGUGCUGGAUUUCUUGCUGCGGCCGAUGAUCGAACCACAAAUUCUACCAACACUGGACAAAUUGGUGGUCUCCUACAAGCUUCCACCUAUCUUGCUGGUCUUUCUGGCGGUGGGUGGUUGGUUGGUUCGAUUUAUACCAACAACUUUAGCACCGUCGAAGCUUUACGAGAUGGUUCCGAUGUGUGGAAUUUUGAUAACUCGAUCUUCGAAGGACCUAACGAUGAUGGCAUUCAAAUCUUGAGCACUGCUGAUUACUAUAGUACCAUUGAAUCUCAAGUUAAAGGAAAGGCGAAUGCUCCGCUCAACUUCAACACUUCCGUCACCGAUUAUUGGGGCCGUGCAUUAUCUUUCCAACUUGUCAAUGCUACGGAUGGUGGGCCGGCCUACACCUUUUCGUCAAUCGCGCUAGAGGACAACUUCGCAAAGGCUAAUAUCCCAAUGCCUUUUCUCGUCGCCGAUGGCCGUGCGCCAUACACUGAGAUUAUCGCACUCAACUCCACCGUCUACGAAUUUAAUCCAUUUGAGCUGGGUUCAUGGGACCCUACGACAUAUGCAUUUGCACCGCUGCGAUAUAUCGGUUCGAACUUCACCGCCGGAGCCAUUCCGGACGGUCAGCAAUGCGUUCGUGGUUUUGAUCAGGUCGGCUACGUGAUGGGUACUUCAUCCACUCUUUUCAAUCAAUUCUUGCUUCAAGCCAACUCGACUUCACUUCCAAGCUUCGUUACUCAAGCCUUCACCGCCAUUCUCGACAAAGUAGGAUUCACCAACAAUGAUAUCGCGCAAUAUCAACCUAACCCUUUUUACGGAUACAACAAUGCAACCAAUCGAAAUGCCCAAACUACACAACUAGAUUUGGUCGAUGGUGGUGAAGAUGGCCAGAAUAUUCCUCUUUACCCACUCAUUCAACCUAUCCGUGAAGUGGAUGUAAUCUUCGCGGUCGACUCAUCCGCAGACACGGAUUUCUUUUGGCCCAACGGAACUUCUCUCGUUGCAACCUGGGAACGCUCUCAAAAUGAAACUAUUGCAAACGGAACGGCUUUCCCUUCAGUUCCUGGUCAAAAUACAUUCGUCAAUCUUGGCCUUAACAAACGUCCCAGUUUCUUUGGUUGUGAUCCUUCAAAUUCUACAGGACCGACACCUUUGAUCGUCUAUAUUCCUAAUGCCCCCUAUAUCUACCAUUCCAAUGUAUCGACCUUUGACCCGUCGUAUACCAACGAGGAACGCAACCUUAUCAUUAGAAACGGUUACGAGGUCGCCACAAUGGCUAAUGGUACCAUUGAUCCAGAUUGGCCAACAUGCGUUGGCUGCGCUAUCAUUUCCCGCUCAUUUCACAAGACCAAUACCGCCGUACCCGAUGUAUGCACCGCUUGUUUCAACAAAUACUGUUGGAAUGGUACUUUGAAUACUAGUGCUGUUGAAUACGAUCCCGCGUACAUCGCGUCUUCUGGUGUCUCCUUGCAAGGAAGCAAAUUCAUGAGCAUUGUCGUCGCUUUAACUGCUGCUGCAUGUAUUUUGUUUGCAUAA